UGGUUUUUGAAAGAAGGAGAAUAUUUUGAACCAAUAAAAGAAAUUGCUAAAGUUAAAGGAAAAGCUUGUAAUAUUCUCUUGGGUGAACGGACUGCUCUCAAUAUCAUUGCACGUUGUAGUGGAAUAGCAACUAGGGAGGCAAUCGAACAUGCUAGAAAUGUUUGUGGAUUUUCACUAAUGAUAGACGUUGAAUGUCAAACCGAAGCAGAAGCCGAUGAAGCCAUUCAAGCAGGAGCAAACGUGAUUAUGCUUGAUAAUUUUGAAAGCAAAAAUUUGAAAUCUUGUGCAAAAUCUUUAAAACAAAAAUGGACGGAUAAAAAAUUUUUACUCGAAUCUAGUGGUGGAAUUACAGAUGAAAAUAUUACCGAAUAUUUUUGUCCUGGUAUGUUAUUUUUAUUUGUCACUAUUUACGCUUGCUAA